AUGACUCUUUUUUUCAAGGAAACGACUAUUAUAGCGUUAUCCGCAUUCAUAAUGCAAUUCAGACCGAGAUGUUCACUAUUAACAUCAACACUUGUUUUACGUAAGUACUUAUAUUUAAUUUAUACAUUAUUACACAUCUUCAAGGCAAGAAAAUUCAUAUAACAUACAAUGUUUGAUAGUCGCUUGUUAAAUUAUUGUUAGCGUACUUGAAAAAUACACAACCGACAACUCACCGUCAUGUUGGACAAUCCUAUGAAGAAUUUUGUAUACAAUUAUACACUUAGCCACAGUGGCGGACUUAGGAAGCUAUUCAAGGGAGAUAAGGUAUGCGUAGUGGUGGUCGUAUUA